AUGCUUUCCAUCGUAAAUGAGAUCAUCACAAAUACUUACUCGGCAUUGACAGUUACUCACGAACAACGUUAUGUUCGUGAUGCAUUACAAGCAAUUGAUAAUACAGAUAGAUUUGCAUUACUCAAUGGCCGUACACGUUCUCUGGGCGAAAAUAAUUAUGGUGCCAUACAUGACGUCCACACAUUUGUCGUAGCUCGCGAGCAUCAUACGACCAUGAUUAAAGAAUGGAAAC